UGAGGUUUAAGGACAUUCUUGCGUUUUUCGGGACAGAACUCUCACAGAGCAAAAACCCCGCCAUGAGAGAAUAAGAAAUGCAUUCCAGGAUAGGGUUUCUCUUGGGAUGCACCAGAAGAUCUUCGCAUUCACUUCUCUCAGCUAUUUUCUCGUACCCUGCGGCCCAUCAAGUCCGAACAGUCGGUUCACAUAUCUGCCGGCGUGCUUUACUUUCUGGCGGCAAUGUGAACUUAUGCAGGUCCCAGUGGAGGGUAUUCUGGCUGGGGGAACGCCGGUUUUGUGGCUACGCCGUUGAGCAGUUCUCGGAUGACGAAUACGAAUGCGAUUACGAGUCUCAUCCGGCAUCAUCAUCAGUUGCCAACAUUGACGAGUGGAAAUGGAAACUUAGCUUACUGUCGCGCAGUGAGGACCAAGAAGUUGUAUCUAGAGAUAAAAGGGAUAGAAGAGACUAUGAGCAAAUAUCUAACCUCGCCAAAAGGAUGGGCCUAUACAGUGAAAUUUAUGGGAAAGUAGUGGUUAUAAGCAAGGUUCCUCUUCCGAACUACAGACCAGAUCUUGAUGAUAAGCGGCCUCAAAGGGAGGUUGUCAUCCCACUAAGUUUGCAAAGGAGAGUGGAGGGCUUGCUUCAGGAACACCUGGACAGAAUCCAUCUCAGUUCUGAGAAGUCAGAUGGUAUGCCUAGUGAAAGUCUGGCCGCUGAUAAGGUUGAAAAUGUAACUAUGGAUGAAAAUCCAGAUUCUUUCUUAGAUGACUCUGUUAUGGAGAAGGUUCUUCAAAGGCGAAGCUUGCGCAUGCGCAAUUUGCAAAGAACUUGGCAGGAGUCACCUGAAGGCCACAAAAUGAUAGGUUUUCGGAAAUCUCUUCCAUCAUUUAAGGAAAAAGAAAGGUUGCUUCAAGCAAUUGCUUGCAAUCAGGUUGUGGUAAUUUCUGGUGAGACUGGAUGUGGUAAGACUACCCAACUCCCUCAGUACAUUUUGGAAUCUGAAAUUGAAUCUGGUCGUGGUGCAUUCUGUAGCAUAAUUUGUACGCAGCCUCGAAGAAUAUCUGCAAUGGCUGUUGCAGAAAGAGUGGCUACAGAGAGGGGUGAACCUCUUGGAGAAUCUGUUGGUUAUAAAGUGCGAUUGGAGGGGAUGAAAGGAAAAAAUACACAUCUUCUCUUUUGUACUAGUGGUAUUUUGCUACGGCGGCUAUUGAGUGAUCGAAAUCUGGAUGGUAUUACCCAUGUCUUUGUUGAUGAGAUUCAUGAGCGAGGCAUGAAUGAAGACUUCUUACUGAUUGUGCUAAAGGAUCUUCUUCCAAGACGGCGAGAUUUGAGACUGAUUUUAAUGAGUGCUACUCUUAAUGCCGAUUUAUUUUCCGGUUAUUUUGGAGGAGCACCAACGAUUCACAUUCCAGGCUUCACAUACCCUGUAAGAGCUCAUUUUCUUGAAGAUGUACUGGAAACGACAGGAUAUAAGCUGACUUCAUUCAACCAAAUUGAUGACUAUGGCCAAGACAAGAUGUGGAAGACACAAAAACAGCUAGCGCCUCGAAAAAAGAAAAAUCAGAUUACUGGGCUUGUUGAGGAUGCUCUCAAUAGAUCGAACUUUGAGAACUACAGUGCCAGGGCACGAGAUUCCUUGGCAUGCUGGUCUCCUGAUUCUGUUGGUUUCAACCUUAUUGAGGCUGUCUUGUGUCAUAUAUGUCGGAAGGAGAGACCUGGUGCUGUGUUAGUAUUUAUGACUGGUUGGGAAGAUAUUAGCUGUUUGAGGGAUCAACUUAAAGCUCAUCCCCUCUUGGGUGACCCCAACAGAGUAUUGGUGCUUACAUGCCAUGGUUCAAUGGCAACUUCAGAGCAGAAACUCAUAUUUGAGAGGCCACCUCAAAAUGUUCGGAAAAUUGUACUUGCUACAAAUAUGGCUGAGGCGAGUAUUACUAUUAAUGAUGUAGUGUUCGUAGUCGAUUGUGGAAAAGCAAAGGAGACAACUUAUGAUGCGCUCAAUAAUACACCUUGUUUGCUACCUUCGUGGAUAUCACAAGCCUCUGCUAAACAGAGAAGGGGUAGGGCUGGUCGUGUGCAGUCAGGCGAGUGCUACCACUUGUACCCACAAUGUGUUUAUGAAGCUUUUGCAGAGUAUCAAUUACCCGAACUUCUAAGAACUCCUCUAAAUUCUCUUUGCCUGCAAAUAAAGAGUUUGCAAGUUGGAAGUAUUGCAGAAUUUCUCUCUGCAGCUCUUCAACCACCAGAACCAUUGACGGUACACAAUGCUAUUGCAUUUUUGAAGAUGAUUGGUGCAUUAGAUGAACAUGAGAAUCUUACGCAUCUGGGUAAAUAUCUAUCGGUUCUUCCUGUGGAUCCUAAGCUUGGGAAAAUGCUAGUUAUGGGUGCUAUUUUCCAUUGCUUUGAUCCCAUUUUGACCAUUGUUGCUGGUCUUAGUGUCAGGGAUCCUUUUCUUUUGCCUCAGGAUAAGAAGGAUUUAGCAGGGUCAGCAAAGUCCAGAUUCUCAGCAAAGGACUAUAGUGACCACAUGGCUCUUGUCCGUGCCUAUGAAGGAUGGAAGGAUGCUGAAAGAGAAGGAUCUGCUUAUGAGUAUUGUUGGAGAAACUUCCUUUCAGCUCAAACUCUUCAAGCUAUUCAUUCCCUUCGCAAGCAGUUCUCCUUCAUCUUAAAAGAUGCUGGAUUGCUUGAAGCAGACACUGCAACUAAUAACAAGCUAAGUCACAAUCAAUCAUUAGUCCGUGCUGUCAUAUGCUCUGGUUUAUAUCCUGGAAUUACUUCUGUAGUGCACAGAGAGAUGUCAAUGUCUUUCAAGACAAUGGAUGAUGGUCAAGUUUUGCUAUAUGCAAAUUCUGUGAAUGCACGCUAUCAAACAAUUCCAUACCCUUGGUUGGUGUUUGGUGAAAAGGUGAAGGUCAAUACUGUCUUCAUACGCGAUUCUACUGGAGUAUCUGAUUCAAUUUUAAUCCUGUUUGGGGGUAAUCUUGGCAUUGGUGCUACGGGUGGGCAUUUGAAAAUGUUGGAUGGUUAUCUGGAAUUCUUCAUGGAUCCCAGUUUGGCCGAGUGUUACACGAACCUCAAAGAGCAGCUUGAUGAGCUUGUGCAAAAGAAGCUCGAGGAUCCUGGCAAGGACAUGCACAAGGAAGGUAAAUACCUCAUGCUUGCCGUUCAGGAACUGGUCUCGGGGGAUCAAUGUGAAGGACGAUUUGUGUUUGGGCGAGAGAGCAAGAAGCCUAAAGAGUGUGGUAAGAAUGAUAGGUUUACAAAGGAUGGGACAAACCCCAAAAGCUUAUUGCAAACUCUUUUGAUGAGAGCUGGGCACCACCCUCCAAAAUAUAAAACAAAGCAUCUCAAGACAAACGAGUUCAGGGCACUGGUGGAGUUCAAGGGAAUGCAGUUCGUGGGUAAACCAAAGAGAAACAAAGCUCUGGCCGAGAAGGAUGCUGCAAUCGAGGCAUUGGCAUGGUUAACUCACACUAGUGACAAGAAAGGCGAAGAAGACGACAAUUCCCCACCCGAUGUGACUGACAACAUGCUGAAACUCCUCGGUAAGCGCCGGAGGUCAAAACGACGCUCAGGUUGACAUGGUUGGUGGCUGUAGCUGAAUGACCUAAUAAAUGACUAAUAAACCCGAACCCGAGUUGCAAUCUGCCUUAGCUUGUGCUUGAAGCGCCCAAAUGUCUGAAUCUUGAUAGUCAUAUCUGGGAUCGUCACAUCACAUGAGUCAAUAGAACACAGAAAUAUUUAUAGGGUUAUACCAUUGUACAGGAAUCAGGAAUGUAUGUACGAACUUUUUGAUUGUUUCACAUGAUAUAUUAUUUAGAGCGUAGGCGAAAUAGUUGGAUCGAUUCAAUUGAGAUUGCUAUAUUGUGUCAGAAUAGCACUAAUUGGUAUACUGUGAACUAGUGAACACCAAGAUUGUAG